AGGGAUGAUGAUUCCUGAUCUGCUUCUCACCUCCUCCCUUCUCUUCCCCAGGCUACCUGCUUCAGAAUGAUUCCCUGCAGAGCUGCGCUGUCUUUUGCCCGAUGUCUGAUCCGGAGAAAAAUAGUCACCCUGGACAGUCUAGAAGAUUCCAAAUUAUGCCGCUGCUUAUCCACCAUGGACCUCAUUGCUCUGGGGGUUGGAAGCACUCUUGGUGCUGGGGUUUAUGUCCUUGCCGGAGAGGUGGCCAAAGCAGAUUCUGGCCCCAGUAUCGUGGUGUCCUUCCUCAUUGCUGCUCUUGCUUCUGUGAUGGCAGGCCUUUGCUAUGCUGAAUUUGGGGCCCGUGUUCCCAAGACUGGGUCUGCAUACUUGUACACUUACGUCACUGUUGGAGAACUGUGGGCAUUCAUCACUGGGUGGAAUCUCAUUUUAUCUUAUGUGAUAGGUACAUCAAGUGUUGCAAGAGCAUGGAGUGGCACCUUUGAUGAACUUCUUAGCAAACAGAUUGGCCAAUUUUUCAGGACAUACUUCAAAAUGAAUUAUACCGGCCUUGCAGAAUAUCCUGACUUUUUUGCUGUGUGCCUUAUAUUACUUCUAGCAGGUCUUUUAUCAUUUGGAGUAAAAGAAUCUGCUUGGGUGAAUAAAAUCUUCACAGCUAUUAAUAUCCUGGUCCUUCUCUUCGUGAUGGUUGCUGGGUUUGUGAAAGGAAAUGUGGCAAACUGGAAGAUUAGUGAAGAGUUUCUCAAAAAUAUAUCAGCGAGUGCCAGAGAUCCACCUUCUGAAAAUGGGACAAGUAUAUAUGGGGCUGGUGGCUUUAUGCCUUACGGCUUUGCAGGAACUUUGGCUGGGGCUGCCACCUGCUUUUAUGCCUUUGUGGGAUUUGACUGCAUUGCAACAACUGGUGAAGAAGUCCGGAAUCCUCAGAAAGCUAUUCCUAUUGGAAUUGUGACUUCUUUGCUUGUUUGCUUUAUGGCCUACUUUGGGGUCUCUGCAGCUUUAACCCUUAUGAUGCCAUACUACCUCCUGGACGAGAAAAGCCCUCUGCCGGUAGCGUUUGAAUAUGUUGGAUGGGGCCCCGCCAAAUACGUUGUUGCGGCGGGUUCUCUCUGUGCUCUGUCAACAAGUCUUCUUGGAUCCAUUUUCCCAAUGCCUCGUGUAAUCUAUGCUAUGGCGGAGGAUGGGUUGCUUUUCAAAUGUCUAGCUCAAAUCAAUUCCAAAACGAAGACACCAGUAAUUGCUACUUUAUCAUCGGGUGCGGUGGCAGCUGUGAUGGCAUUUCUCUUUGACCUGAAGGCACUUGUGGACAUGAUGUCUAUUGGCACUCUUCUGGCCUACUCUCUGGUUGCCGCAUGUGUUCUCAUCCUCAGGUACCAGCCCGGCUUAUCUUAUGAGCAGCCCAAAUGCUGUCCUGAGAAAGCAGCUCUGGGGUCAUGUGGCAACAAGGCUGCCUCCAAGAGCGAGUCGCCGGUCACCAUGCUGCAGGGGCCGGGCCUCAGCCUGCGCCUCCUCAUCAGCCCCUCGGCUCUGCCUACACAGCAGUCUUCGUCUCUCGUGAGCUUUCUGGUGGGAUUUCUUGCAUUUCUUGUUUUGGGCCUGAGUAUCUUGACCACGUACGGAGUCCAAGCUAUUGCCCGGCUAGAAGCAUGGAGCGUUGCUCUUCUUGUCCUGUUUCUUGUUCUCUGCAUCGCCAUUGUGCUCACCAUUUGGAGGCAGCCCCAGAAUCAGCAAAAAGUAGCCUUCAUGGUUCCGUUCUUACCAUUCUUGCCAGCCUUCAGCAUUCUGGUGAACAUCUACCUGAUGGUCCAGCUGAGCGCAGACACUUGGAUCAGAUUUAGCAUUUGGAUGGCACUCGGCUUCCUGAUCUACUUCACUUAUGGUAUUAGACACAGCCUGGAGGGUCACCCGAGAGAGGAGGACGACGAUGAAGAGGCUUCCUCAGACAGCAUCAAUGCCGCGACAAAAGAAAAAGCCGCCAUUCAAGCCGACGACCAGCACCAAAGAAACCUCAGUUUACCUUUCAUAUUCCACGAGAAGACGAGCGAAUGCUAACGCCGGCUGGGGCCGGGCUGGUCCACAGUCGUACCGUACGUGUCCUGCGUGGAGUAAACCGUGACAGGCUGUCAUCACCGCACUGGGUCGCCGUGGCCUUGCUGCAGACGUAGCUCCCCUAACUUAUACUCGCUCACCCGGACAGCACCUUCUCACAUGGUGAAUUGUGUACCUGGGGAAACCUCCCAAGCUCUCUCCUCAGCGAUGACUGUCCCUCAAGUAGUGGGAGCGUGUGUGUACGUGUGUAUGUCUACAUGGGGGUGAAUGAAUGUCAUUAGUUGUUUGUGUUUCACUCUUGCGCCUGGUAUUUUUCUGGUGUUGUCAUUAAUGGGUGGCUUAUACUGCACAUGCUGAAAUGGAAAUGAUCACUGACUAGAAGGGUGUUUUGUACGUGCCUGGUGCUGUUGGGGAAAUAACCGGGGCUUUUCCUUAUUAGCUGUCAUUAACGUUGAUUAGAACAUGCUCAAAACGCAGUUACCCUUCCUGGUAUCUGUCGUUGGUCAGGAGCAAGAGGAGGGGAUAAGAAAUGAGCCUUUUCUAGAACUUAUCAAUGCCAGCAGCGGGUUUAAUCCAGAUUUUUCUUCCACAAAGUAUGGCCAUUUGCGAAAACCUCAGCCACGGGUGUGUUUGCUGGGCUACCCGGGGCGGGGGUGGUGCUCUGGGUCACCCGAGGACGCCCCUUGCAACUGCUGUGGUUUUUGAGAGAACCAGGCCUUCCACGUGUGAAUGAUAGACUCCCCCUCAGUCCCGGCAGAGGCUUGAGAACGGUGUGUGUGAUCUACUUGGGACCCUUUCUGCUAGAAAAGGAAGGCAGUCCCUUGGCAGGAAAGCUUGUGUGAGUGGCAGCGAAGAGGCUGUAUUUGGAAAUCAGAGUCAGACAGACGCUUGGAUAAGAAGACACCAAGCAACUUGGUCUUCAAAGUCCCGUAAAAUAAGCCAGUAAAAUCUUCCCGGAUCACACAAUUGGCAGAACGUUUUACAAUUUUCUUCUUUACUUAAUAACUAAUCACAGUUCAUUUUUUUCUUAAAACCUUUUCAGGUACAGAAUUCACUCCUUUCUUCCUAGUAUUUUGUCUUGUCCUAGAUAGGAGGGGUUGCACUAGCAGAUUAUGUCUUUACUACAUGCCAAAGUGGAAAAAACGAAGGGAUACAAGAAGAAGAAGUGUCCCUGUUCUGAGUUUAAAGUGCCUAUUUGGAUCUUAAAUUGCAUUUGCCCCAGUUUGAGGGGUUUGGGUCUAAUUUGCCUUUGAUGUUUCUUUUGGAAACAUGUAGGGAUGUUUUCCUUCCCCCUCAUCCUAUAAAUUGUUUAGCACUUUUUAUCUCACUUACUUUUAAUUGACCACAGUAAAUCUGUCAUACCCCAUUCCCAGUGGUUGGGGGAUAAAAUAUGUGGGCUAAAUACAUGAUUAUCGAAAACCGUAAGCAAAAAAGAAAAAUGAACCUAAUUAAAUUAAAGGUAUAUAGCACAGUAACCUUUCUAGGAGUAAAUGAAUUGUUUUUCUAUGUAAGAUUCUCUAAUUACUCUAUUUUACUUCAUAGGGUUCUCUCAUAGUGGACUAUUUACCUGCAGUGUGCUUUGCUUCUCAUGAAUUAUCUUUCUUACAAAUAAUUAAAUGGUUUACUGGGUGAGGCUAGGGGCUGCGUACUUACACACAGAUGGGUUACAUUCCCAGGAUAAAUGUGAUCAAGCACACCAGUUAACCAGCUUAAUCCAAAACGCAAGGACAACAUUUGUUUCCUGACAGCUCUUCCAAGAGAUUAUUUUACUGAUGCCAUUAAAAAGCAAGUUGUGAUCGUUCUAACCAAGAGUUUACUGUGACUAAAUAUCAGAUAAACAGAGAGAAAGCGUGGGUUUCUGGCUGCUAGUAUUGGAGCCUCCCUGAUCUAGAGCUCAGUACUGACAUUCCACUAUUGCCAGGGUGCCUGGUAAAGUCUGAGACCCAGAAUUCUCUUUCAGGCAUGUUUUUCUGGAGAGGAAGAGUUGGAUAUGCAAGGAGUAAAACAAUUUUGGUAAGGACUGUAGGCAUGAUCCUAAAUCUUUGUUCUAGUAUUAGGCUGAGAACCCCCUUUUAUUCUCUAAUUGAUCUAGACUAGGCCCUUCACACAGGGAACACAAGGACUUUCAUAUAUAAAUAUCUGAGUCUUUGUAACAAAAUCAAGAACUUUAUUUAGAAUGUGAUAGGCAGCUAAAACUCUUAAGCCCACUGUGUUCAAUUAGGAGCCGAAUUUAAUUACGAAUUACCUUUCCACAUUAAAACACUUGCAAACACAAAUAUCUAUGAAAAGAUGCUUUGUUGGUGAUUGUGCUUUUUUUUCUGUGAGGACUCAAAUGUGUGCUCCUAUCUCUGUAUGAGUGUGUGUAUAUAUAUGUAUAUGUCUGUGUAUUUCAAAUAGUGUGUAAGUCAGUUGGGUUUAUGAUGGUCUUUGGAGAUGAUACCAUUUGUAUGGAUAAAAGAACCCAAUUGAUGUGGAGAAAAAAUAAUGUUUUAUAUUGAUAGGUAUGCUUAUACAAAAUUUUUAGGUUUUAAACUAUUUUGCAAUAUACAGCAAUUUUAUAUGUAUGAUAUUUUCUAUAGAUUCUUUAAGAAAGAUAUAUUUAUCAUUUAUCUAAUGUGGAAUCACUAAACUCUAGUCCAUUGUAACAGGUGCUUUAUAAUCUGAAAUGGGGUAGGGAUAGGAGGUGUUAGGGUUUUUCUGUUUACUUAUUUCUGACGCACCUUUUCUAACAUCUCUGUCUUGCUCUGUGUUUAUUAGUAAAACCUAAUUCUAUCAACUCUUUCACUACCUCCCUAUUCUUACAUCCGAAUUCAUAACCUUUGAACAAAAUACUGCUUUUACUUUCUUAGGAUUACCAAGAUGUUUUGGUGCAGAUGUGACUGGUAGUCAACCACACUUCCAUUAACACCUCUCCAGAAAUGAAAAAAAAAAAAAAUGCAUACCACACAUUCUCUUAAUUGUGAUUGAGUAAGAACCAUUUAAAUUACUUUUCUUUCUUACAUUAGGAAAUACGCUUUCUUAAUAUUUUCAAUGAGAAACUUCAUAUCAGAGCACCUUUAUUUUAGACUCUUCACAGAAGGGAAAAGAAGAUUUGUGAAUAACCAUAGAAAGUCCCUGCUUACCUUACAUUUAAAAAGGUAGCUAUACAAAUUCAAGUUCAAGGCCUGUUUAUGAGAAAACUUACAACUUUUGAUAAAUAUUGAAAUGCAGAUUAUUGCUUACUCACAUUUUCCCCCUGAGAUAAACAUCAAGAAAACUUCAUUAAGACCAAAUACAUCCUUUAUAUAUACAUUGAAGAAAAACUAGUAUUAAUAUAUUUAAAACUUUACUAUUAACAACCAUAAUUAGAAGAAAAUAUCUCUUGCAGAAUUCUUUUCCUCGAAAAUACAAAAGCCUCUCUUUAAAUUUUCUGAAUAAAAGUUUUUUUGAACUUUUUUUUAGUUUUAAAAAUUAUCCACAAUAUUCGCUGAGUCCUGGGGAUUUGCAGAUAGUUGUUUGACCUAUUUUGAAUCAGACUCUAUAUUUACCGAGUUCUUUUCUAAACCAAUUUGUGUGCUGAACAGGGAAAAUAAGAAAAACUAUUGCCCUCGAGUGCCGAUAAUGCCAGGCUAGCAGGGCUAGUCCUCUUCCUUCAUAAAUCAGGGCAUAUUCUGAGGUACAAACUGCAUGAUAACUUUGUGCCAAGAUUCCAGCUUUCCCUCUGAUGUUGUUCCCAAUGUUCUCUGAUUUUCUCCCAAAGUGCUUCAAGCAACUGUAAUUAAUACCCAAACUACCACUUCCACAGAACUUCAAAGGAUUGGGUUUAGCGUGAAUAUCAAGGAGUGUUAAAAUUCACAUGAUGAACGUGAAUUUUGGGGAGAAGGGGAUUACUCUUUUUUUUUUUUUUUGCUAGUGCCAUCUCUGUAUAGUUUCUGCUUAUAUUCUCUUACAUGUCCUAAAAUAUCAAGGGAAAAAGUACCAAAGCUCAGCACAGGUUGUUUUUUAGCCAUGUAGAUUUGGAAGUAAGUUUGCUUGACUUUGUUGUUUAGCUGAGGUUUGGUUUUUUUUUUCCCCCUCUUUGUAUAAUUAUAUUUAAGCAUUUUUAAAUGAAUUUCUGGUUUCUGGAUUUUUUGAGAGGCCUGCUCUGUUUUGGUGGUUGUUGGUUUUUGUAGCAUUCAUUAUUGCUUAUAUGUACACAGUUUAGUCUUACUGAUCUCAAGUGCAUUUUCUUACAGUUCAACCCAACUGGCAACCGUACUGGCUGCCAGUAAUUAUACUGAGCUUACAGUCACCAUGGCUGAAGCCACUGCCAUUAUCUCUGGCCUUAAGAGAACCUCCUGUGACCACUGGUGCCCCAAGGGGAUCAUGACCAAGAGCCCAGGCUGGUUCUAGGAUCAGGCAGCCUGCAAAGCAUAAGCGUCCAUAGCUACCCUUGUUGAGUAGGGUCUUGGGAUGACAGGAUGGGAUAUGGAGUGAAAGACUUCCCAUGCGAGGUAGGAGUAUGGGUCCUUAAUUUCAGUUCUGAAUAUCCCAGGGACACAACAAGGGUCAAUGAUAAGGAACGUCUAUGACUCGUGGGAAGGGUGGCUGGUUCCUGCAACUGGUACCACAGGGUCUGGCCCACUGCAACCCCUGAAUGGGCAAUGACAGCCUCGUGGCGGAGAGUGCAUGGGCCCGGGCUCAGCUGGUGGAGAGCUUGUAUUUCCAGCAUGAUGAGGUUCUCUGGCCCAGGCCUGCUUAACGGGCUUUUCAUCUUUGGUGUUCACAAAGGCUGCCCCAUUGUGUUCUUGCUCGAUUUUGUUGUCCUUGUAUGUAACAGAAACUGUUGAUAGGGCCCAAAACCCUACAGAAAUUCUAUGUUGUAAAAGCCAACAGAGACAUUGGACUUGUCUGAAUGUAAAGAUUUUCUGUUUAGUAGAUAAUUUCAAAUUUAAAUGUUCUUAAUGAUAAUCAGAGUUCCUUUUUACUUACAAAGUUGGAUUAUUUUUUAGAAUUGUAAUAAAUAAAAACCAUUGCUGCUUUACCACUGUAAAA